AUGAUAUCAGCGGACGUAUUUAUGUUUUCUGUUGCGCAAAUAUGGCGCUGGUCUUUCGCCAAUUUUCAUUGGUUUAAAUAUUAUCAUAAUAUCAAACUUUUUUGGCGGUAUUUUUUGUUUUGGAAUUUAAUCAUGAUUAAAUUAUCACAUUAAAAAUAUUCAAUUUUUGAUUUAAUAAAUUUUAAUAAGUACUUCUGCUAUUAAAUAUUUACUAAAUUAUAAUUUAUAAUGCCAGUUUGUGUAUUUGAAGGCUGUAUGAGCGGCAGCAAGCAAAAAAAUUUAGUUAAACCCAAAAAUGUACACUUACAUAGGUUUCCUAAAGAUGUAAAUCUGAGGAAUAAAUGGUUAAAUCAAAUAACACGGGGUUCAUCUAUAAAAAAUGUUAAUUUUGAAAAAGCUGUUGUGUGUUCAUUACAUUUUGGUCCACAACACAUGGUGGAAAAGCCACUUGUGUUUGAUGGUAUUGCCUCACCUAAAUGUGCAAGGAGAUUAAAACAUGAUGAUGUUCCAUUAAGGUAUUUAGUAUACUAUCAAAACAUUGGUAGAUAUUUUAAGUUUAAAUUUAUAUCUAGUAUAAAUGGGCAUGAAUAUUCUUCACCAAUUAAUUGUCCACAUUCAUUAAUUAGUACUCCAAGUGGAACGUUUAAAGUAACGUCAUCAUUAGAUGAUAAUUUAUGCAAAUCAAAUGUAUUGUCGUUAAAUAACUCAACUCCUUUGGAAGUAAAGUGCAAAAAAAAUCUAUUUGACAUUGAUUGUGACGAUGGAAUAACAUUUUUGCCAGAUGACAGCAUUCUGUUGCAGCCUGUUGAUGACGAUAAUUCCAAGUAAAAUAAUACAUAGAAAAAUGUAGCAAUUGUUCUAUGUAUUUAGUUUGUUCAAUGUUUUGGGUGUUAUUUAUAAACAGUACAUGCAUGCAUGUAUUAACACAAAUGUAUUUGUGUUAAGUUAUUUGCAUCUAAUUAGUAAUUUAUUCAUAAUUGUUUCUGUCU